GUCGUGUGAAUGUUUCAAUUUUAAUUUGCACGUGACGGUGGGCAGAACGAAGCUUUUCGCCAUAGCGCCAAGAUCUGCACCGCCACAAUGACGAUAUGUCGCGUGGCGUCCGUCGCAAAUCUACCCACGAUGCCUAUCCCCAUCCACACAACCACAACCGAGAACGCCCCUUCUGUUCAGGCGGCCACUCAAGCAUCCACCCAGUCUAACCAGACCCAAUCGACCGGCCCCGAGCAGUCCAAGACUGAAGCCGAGUUGGCGGCAGAGAAGAGGUAUGAGGAGGCAAUCGAGGAGGAAUAUGCGAAGCGUGAAGGCGGCGCAUAA